UUCUAAAUGUAGUAAAUGUGUCAUUCAUGUGUCAUUCGUGCUUAUUGUAAUGUUUAUUAUUAUGGAUAGUGUAAUUUGAAAAAGAAAAAAUGUGCUUGUAAACAUGUCUUCUAACAAAUUACCGCCUUAUGUGCUGUUAGAGCUUCCUCCCGUGACCGAUCAGAUCAAUUUUCCGUUAAAAAGUGCUCAACGAAUUAAGUACACAUGCUUUGAUGCAUCCAAGUCGCUGAUAGCCUUUGGAGCCACCAGCGGAGGAAUCUACAUCUUCAAUAGGACUCCGUGUGAAUUUGUGCAGCUCGUUCCAAAUAAGGAUGGUGCUAUCACGCGCGUAGCUAUAUCUAAAGACGAAAAACACAUAGCAUGUGCGAACGGGAGAGGUAUUGUGACCGUCACCGACUGCGACCAGGCCUGCGCUCAUACUGUUACUUCCAAGGAGCAUGCCGGCAACGAGGUCACCGCCAUGGCUUGGAGCGGUAACCUGCUGUUCACCGGAGACGACGUGGGCCGGAUAUCCGUCUUACACUUACACAGUUUUAUUGCGAAAACGAUGUUCCAAAGUUCAUCACAGACCAUAAUGAGCUUAGACUCCCGAAUAUGCCAGCUAGACAUGCGGGACUGCAUGCUGCUCGUAUCGACACUCACCAGAUGCUAUGUCUGCAAUACAACCCAAGAACAAUACAGGCAGAUCGGACAGAAACUAAGAGAUGGGGAAUUCGGAGCAUGUUUUGUAACUAAAGAUAAUGUUGAAAAUUCCACAGAAAACGCCAAAGAUGUAAAGGAAGUAAAAAAGUAUAAUAUUGUUGAUGAUGAUGCUGGAUUUGCCGUUGGAGAGAAAUUAGCGAAUACUCUCAUAUAUUGCGCUAGACCGUCUUCUAGGUUAUGGGAGGCUACCGUCGAUGGUACAGUUAGGAGAACACAUCAGUUUAAACACUGUUUAGCUGAAAAUUACAAAGUAGUCACUUUAGAAUCAUAUAACAAUGAAAAUUUGUGUAUAGAUAAAGAUACAAGCGAAGCUGAAGGUCAGUCGGUUAAUUUUUCCAAAAUUUUUAAUAUAAAGAGUGCCAUAUUUAGUUUCAAAAAAGAUGCUUUAUAUUUUUUAAAUGUCGAUGACGUUGAAGAUACUAUGUGGUUUAAUACAUAUAAAGAUAUAGUUGAUUGUAAAAUAUAUAAUAACGAGCUGUAUAUAUGGCUAAGCAACGGUGCUUUGUUGAAUUUGAAAUAUUUGAAAAUUGAUAAGUUUCUAUUAAAGUGCUAUGUAGAUGAAAAAUAUGCUCUCUGUGCUGAAAUAUGUGCCUUGUUUAGCGAUUACUUGCUUUCAAGUAACUUAUCGUCAAAACUGCACAUUUUAGUUGGUCUUAGAGAGAAACUUGAGCCAGAUGCGAUCAAAAAUAUAGAAAAGGUUUUAGAUAAAAUUGACAGUUUAAAAGAUGCAACUCAAAUGAAAUCUGGCAUUUUCGUUGUUGACAACACUUAUCAUGCUCAGACAUGUCUGUCAGAUGAUGAAAGUAAAUCUAAUGAAGAAAAUAAAUUUGGAAAUCUGACACCCGAAGCAUUACAAGCUUUCAAAGAUUUAGGAGUCACAGUGACUGACAAACUUAAUUCUAGCAAAAAGAAAUUGAAAGAGAAAUGGGAAGGCUUCGAAGACAAAAUGAAACAUUUCAGUAUUGAGAAGCAAAGUAUACAAGAGGUACAAUUGCCAGAAAGGAGACCUCGGCACGAAGAUCCUAGCGAAUAUAUUCCUAUAGAAGUAGAUAACGAUAUUAUUUACAAAGAGUCUAGUCCAAAGGCCAUAGAUAUAGACAAUAAAAUAGAAAAUCUAGAUGACAAAGUGUGUAAAUCGCUGUAUCAAUAUUUUAGACUAAGUUUAGUUAGUAAAGAAGAACAAUCGAAUUUAAUAUCAAUAGUAGAAAACUAUUCCUGUGAUAUUAGUGGAAUCCAUCGACUUAUGUUAUUGCUGGAAAAUUAUUGCAUAUCCGUAGGAGCUAAGGAAGAAUCAAAAUAUGCACCUUAUAAUAUAUUCCUAACUUAUUUAAACUUAUCAUCGAAGAAAGCUGAAUAUAUAGAUGCGAUAUUAAAAGAUGAAACAUUAUAUAAAUACUUUGUUGACUCAUGUAUAACAGUGAAUUUAAAAACUCGAAAAGUCUCAGAAAUGGGGUGUGAAUGUGGUUUUCCUUUACCGUAUUCGAAAACAGAUGAAAAACCAAUGUUUUCAGCAUUAAUAGAUGAAUUUAUAGAAAAGCAAUGGGCGAGUCAAACAAGAGAUCAAUGCUACGACAUUUGCAAGAAAAUGCCUUAUUUAUGGAGAAAGAUUUUAUACCUACAAAGGAACGAAGACCUUUUGAACGUUUUACGGAUAUUACUUCAAAUGUUAGAUGAAAACUUACUCCACUCAUAUCUCCCCCAAUUCACAUUAGACACAUGGGAUCGUACUAUACAAUUGUACGUGACUCUUCAUGCAAAUUUAUGUUUGAAUUGUAAUAAAAAGUUCGACAAUAUCAACGUAAAAGAUACGUUAGACUGGGAUGAUUUAGGAGCGAUGAUAAUCAAGUCAGUGGGUGGAAGGAACGCUAUAAAGCUGAUGGAGAGACAUUCAUUAUUGAUCGCGCCGGGCGAGAUCAGUAUGAAAUUCUAUCAUACUUGUUUGAUGGUGUCGUUGUAUGAGAAGUAUGACAGCACGAUAGUGACGCAGAUAACUGAGGUGUUGUACAACACUUAUGAAUAUGAGGAUGUGAGAAAUGAGAUCUGUCAAAUUCUACGCACAACUGUCAACGGGGACAUCAAACACACAGCACUGCCCAUCAUCAUAGCAGCCAAAUCCCAACACUGGGGACUCAAACCUGCAAACAUCACUGACCCACUGUCAAUAAUUAUUGACAAUAUUCCCACACUCAGUAACGGGGCUACGGACUGUGCGUUAUGUGGACUGCCGUUGCAGAAUGAGUUUCUAAUUAAAGAUGGCGGACUUUGGGUGUUUCGGUGUGGCCAUAUUUUUCAUGGGGCUUGUUUAGAUGUUAAUAAAGUUAAAUUGUGCCCCGAUUGUUUGCCGAUGGCUAAGUAAGAUUUGUAUAUUAUUGUAAAUUGUAUGAACAUAAUGAACAACACAAUGCAAAAUGCAAUGCUAGAUGCUAGAAUGAUAAUCAUAAAAUCAACCUUUCAAAUAUAUGGCCUCAUACUGACAAUAUUGUGCCCCGAUUGUUUCCGAUGCCAAAGUAAAAUCAAAUUGUAAAUUGGACGUAAUUAAGGGAAUAUGAACCAAUCCAUAAAAAAUGUCCAUAAUAUGUUUACUUUCUGUCAAAUAGAAAGUUAUUUAUUUAACUGGCAUUUUUUCAAGACGAAUCCUUUUCGUUAACCUUUUAAAGCGCAAAAAAUAUCCGAGGAAGUGAAUUCAAGCCUCUACGUCGCUCGAUUGUCCUAAUGAUUCUAGUUAGGAAAAAGAGGGUCAAAAUUUUUGAGAAUUCUAAUUUACAUUGCGAAUUAAAGCGUUAAACUAAGUCCAAUUGUGAAUACAUAGAACGGUAACGUUAAAAUAAACCCUGCAAUCAUUACUGACACCACACUAUCAAUAAUUAUUGACAAUACUUUUGCACUUAACCUUUUCGACGCCGUGUCAAACACAAAAGCUGUCAUCCAAACGCCACGUCACCGGUGUCAAAACUGAAAUUGAACUUUAUGCACUAGCAUGUAGGUCUAUCUUGCUCUGUGGUCUAUGACCGAUUAAUCGGUAUUUGGCGUUGAACCUACGGUGCGUAUAUAUCGGUCAUUGGCGUCCAAAAGCUUAACAAUGGGGCUACAGGCGCCCACUGUGGGUUACCAUUGCAGAAUGAAUUUUUGAUCAAAGAUGGCGGAAUUUGGGUGUUUCGAUGUGGCCAUAUUUUUCAUGGGGCUUGUUUAGAUGUUAAUAAAAUUAAAUUGUGCCCUGCUUGUUUGCCGAUGGUUAAGUAAAUAUGUAGUUAUGUACAUUGUAUACAAUAUAGUUCAAUACUUGACUCGGAAAAAAAAUUGGCUAUUGUCUAAGGUCGCGUAAAAGACUAUGCAAAGAACAAAUAUUAUACGUAAAGUUUGAAAUAUUUUGUAAAUACCUAAACUAACUGACACUGCUUUCAAUAAAAAAAUCUUAAUAGCACUUUAAAUUUUCCGCCGCCUGCAGUGAGUGUCCAUGCAAAUAAAAUGUGACGUUCUUGCGGAAAAGUGACAUUAUUGCAAUAGGUGCAAAACGGCUGAAUAAUAAGUAUCUAUAGUACUUAACUACUUCGUAUUCGGCCAAAUACCGAAUUUAAAAAAAAAUGGCCGUAUAGUUUCCAAAUAUUCUUGGCAUAUCUAAUAUUGACUGUGGUUAUGAUGCUUUACCUUCAAUUCGGCAAUUUUUUUUAGGUAAUUAAUUAUCUACGUAAUUUUUAUGUCACGUGGUAAAACCGGUCGGUAUUCGCUCCGUGCAUGACUGUGGCGCCGCCCUAGUGUGUGUGAGAUAUACUGCUAAUUUGACAGUUGAGAGCUGCCAAAUAUUAUGAUGAUGUCAUCCUACAAAAGUUCAUAUUUCCACCACGUCGUGCGUUGGCGUCGCUUAUAUUUCCGACACCACCAACUUCGCACAUAGCCAAUAUUAUGCUCGUGCAAUAGUUUUGACGUAAUAAGAUAUCUCGCAUAUAAAGUUUGUGUUAUAUUUAGCCCUAGAAAAAAUAUUUAACUUUCUAAUUAAUUUUCAACUAAUCUCAUUAAUUUAGUAGAUAAUGGAUUAAUGGCUAAACCAAAAAAUAUAUCCUUUUGCCGAGUACUUAUGAUAAUCAAUCAAGCACAUAUAGCUUAAUUUGAAAUAUAUUAUCAAUUGUAAAUUACUUAAAUAAUAUAUUUUUGUAAAUUGCCAUAUUGCUCUCAUUCAAAUUAUUCUGAUAUUAUUGUAUUAUUAUAUAGUUCGUAUGUGAAUAAAUAU